AUGGGGAAACAUAAUCCUGGACGUCUUGCUGCAAUAGUUGUGUCUGUUGUUGGCUUUGCAAUAAGUUUGGUGUUCAAUGGGCUGUCUGUAGUUGGGAUUGGUCCUUAUGAUACCACCACGGCCAAUGUGUCUGCAGUGUUUGACACCCAGAUCACACCUUCAGGAUGGACUUUUAACAUCUGGAGCAUUAUCUACGUCUGGCUGAUAGCAAUGAUUAUAUACAUCGUUGCAGGACUUUUCAGAAAGAAUGGUUAUGGCUAUGUUUACUGCAGUCCUGCAGUGUUGCCUUAUGGAUUUUUCAUUAGCUGGUGCAUCAAUCUGUGUUUCAAUAUUGGCUGGCUGCUUGUUUGGGACCAAGGAGUGAUGAUCGCUGCACUGGUUUUUCUCUUCCUGGUCAUCUGCACAAACUACUCCAUGAUAUGCUUCAUCUGCCAUGGACUUCAUGUUUAUGGAGCCUGGCUUAAGAAAUACCACAAAGCAGACCUGUGGCUCCUCCGUGUGCUGGUUCAGAAUGGUGUGAUGAUAUACACAACAUGGACUACGAUUGCUACACUAAUCAACCUGAGCAUUGUACUGACUUAUGAUGUAAAGAUGUCCCCAACGGAUGCUGCAACCGUCUCGUACUCUGUUUUGGCUGUCGUGCUGCUAGUGUGGUUUGUUUUGGAAAACUUUGUCCUUGACAAACACGUGCGGUACAUCCUCAUCAACUACCCGGUUGUGAUCUGGGCGCUGUGUGGAAACCUGGACAAGAACUACGAUGCUGAAUCGCCCAGCCGUAAUGGCAUCUUCAUUGUUGUGCUGCUGGCUGUAGCUUCUGUGCUGUUUGUCAUUCGGAUUGUUUUGGUGGUUUGGAGACACAUCAGACAGCCGCUCUACACAGACGUCAAUCCAGAAGCCAUGGAACCAACAGGGAUUGCUGGAAAGCAGAAAAAGAUAUUUCGCUAA